CCGGCGGCGGGCGGGGAGCGCGGGCGCCGCUGCCAUGUCCGCUGCGGGCCCCGGGCCCGGCUCCGGAGCCGCCUCUUGGGCUUGAAGACUGCUGAGGAACAAACCAUUUGAAUCAUUUGAGCAUUAAAAUAAUAGUAAUACCCAUGGAAGAGCCACAAGACUUACCCGAGCAACCAGUGAAAAAAGCCAAGAUGCAGGAAUCCAGAGACCAGAGCCUGAGUCAUGUGAGCAGCACAGAAGUCAGUGAGCAGAAAACUGAAUCUUCAAACCUUGGUUCAAACCUUCCCAUGUCUAGUGAGAUUAUGACAUGCACUGAUUAUAUCCCAAGGUCAUCAAGUGAUUAUACCUCACAAAUGUAUUCUGCAAAGCCAUAUGCACAUAUCCUCUCUGUACCAGUGUCAGAAACAAUGAGCCCUUACCCUGCUCAGCCUCAGUACCAAGCACUACAGCAGUCCCAGCCCUACACCAUCUACCCCCAGACCACCCAGACCUAUGGACUACCUCCUUUCGGUGCACUGUGGCCAGGUAUGAAACCUGAAAGUGGUUUAAUUCAGACUCCAUCUACAAGUCAGCACAGUGUUCUUACCUGCACUACAGGGUUAACCACAAGCCAGCCCAGCCCAGCACAUUAUUCUUAUUCCAUUGAAGCAUCAACUACCAAUGCCAGUCCAGUCUCUACAUCCUCAACUGUUGUCAAUAUUUCCACAUCAGCAGUAGCCAGCAUCUCACAGGAAUAUCCUACCUACACCAUCCUUGGCCAGAGCCAGUACCAGACCUGCUACCCAAGCUCAGGCUUUGGAGUGGUGCCACCAGCAGACAGCAGCACAGAGAGCCUGGCCCUGGCCACCACCACCACGUUCCCAGAGGAGAAACCAAAUGCCCUGGUGCCAGCUGGGGCAGUGCAGAGACCUUCCUCUGGAGAUGCAUCCACAAGUCCUUUGCUACCAAGAGCAACAGCAAGUAAAGAGUUAGAUGAGCAAGCAAGAAAAAACAUCCCUGGAAAGAACAGAGGGAAGAGGAAAGCAGAUACCUCCUCCUCCCAGGACAGUGAACUGGAGAGGGUGUUUCUCUGGGACCUGGAUGAGACCAUCAUCAUCUUCCAUUCUCUUCUCACAGGGUCCUAUGCUCAAAAAUAUGGCAAGGAUCCAACUCUAGUGAUUGGCUCAGGUCUGUCCAUGGAGGAGAUGAUUUUUGAAGUUGCUGAUACUCACUUGUUUUUCAAUGACUUGGAGGAGUGUGACCAGGUACACAUAGAAGAUGUGGCAUCUGAUGACAAUGGCCAGGAUCUAAGCAACUACAACUUCUCCACGGAUGGGUUCAGUGGCUCGGGCAGCACUGCCAACCACAGCUCCUCGGUGGGAGUGCAGGGCGUGGACUGGAUGAGGAAAUUGGCUUUUCGCUACCGCCGGGUGCGCGAGAUCUACAACAAAUACAAAACCAACGUGGGAGGCCUGCUCAGCCCACAGAAGAGGGAAGCUCUGCAGAGACUGAGGACUGACAUAGAAGUGCUGACAGAUUCCUGGCUGGAAACUGCAUUAAAAUCCCUGCUGCUCAUCCAGUCCAGAAAAAACUGUGAGAACAUCCUGAUCACAACCACCCAGCUGAUGCCAGCUCUUGCCAAAGUUCUUCUGUACGGAUUGGGCGAGGUGUUUCCCAUUGAAAAUAUUUAUAGUGCUACAAAAAUAGGUAAGGAGAGCUGCUUUGAGAGGAUUGUGUCACGGUUUGGGAAGAAGGUGACGUACGUGGUGAUCGGAGACGGCCGUGACGAGGAGGUGGCAGCCAAGCAGCACAACAUGCCAUUCUGGAGGAUCACAAACCACGCUGACCUCGUGUCCCUUCACCAAGCCCUUGAGUUGGACUUCCUGUAAGAAGCUGGAGCAAAGACACAACUGCAGCUCCUGCCAGCCCUCUCCAUUCCUGUGGGACAGAAAUCUCACAUGUUUGGGGACUCACCUUUCAGCUUGAUGAAGAAAACAUACCUAAUGCAAACUGUACAGUGGAAUAUGACAGCAGGUUGUUCUUGGGAGCACAGGCCCUGCCAAGUCCAAGGUGUCCUGUGAAGGAGCCCUAGACUCAGCAGAGCUAGAGCUUGUGUGCAGAAGGGACUUACAGAGCCAGCUGAAUGCCUCUGGCCUCCAGAGGGAGGGGCCAUAAAACAGCAGAUUUAUGUGUAAGAGCCUUCUUCUUUCUAUUCAGCUUAGUUGUAGAACCCAAGUAAACGCAAAAAUUUAUUUUUAUAGGAAAACGCUGAUGGCAGAGCUUAAACCUCCCUUGUUUUGCAAAGCCGAAGAGCUGUGGGUUUUUUUCAUAGGAAAUAUUAAUGAAAAUGUCAAAAAUACCUCUAUUGCUGUAAAAUGUGUCCUGUCUCCUUCCCUGGGUGUUCAAAACAGUUAAUUUAUUACAAUGUCCUUAUGUUAUUUCCUCAGUGUGGGAUUACUGGAAAAUAUAAAGGUAAGGGAAUGCUUCUGGAAUAUGUGGUUCCUUGUAGAGGCAAGUGUUGGUGUUCUGAAUUGAUCCCAGUGGCUUCUAGUCACUGUGUGCAGAAGCUCUUUUAGCCAGCAGGAGAUCACUGGAUUUCAGCCUUUGGACUGUAGAUCCCACAGAUGUUCCCUGCAAAGCAAAAUGAAAUUGCCUGUGAACAUCAGGUACAGCAGACCGGUGCAGACUGCUCAGAUGUGAACAGAGUCCUCACCUGGACUAGGAAUAAUCUAAUUCCUAAAUCCUCAUGAAUGUUGCAGAGAAGGCUCUGGCUGUGGUAUAACCUUCACCUCUGUGUUCCUGACCCUAUUUGUAAGUUCCUUUGAGUAGAAUCAGAUUCAAUUUUCUUAUAUUCUUUGCAUUAGCCUAACUACAUAGUGACAAACAAAAUGCCUUGUUAAGAGGGACUUAAUUUUCUAAGACACUGUGACUUGGCAGCAUGGAGCACUUGGGAGGGAUGGUGAUGGUGAUGCUGAUUUUUCUGCAGCUGUCCAGGAGCAGAGGCUGCAGUCAGUGACCUGUUCCCUGGGCAGGAACAGCCAGCAAGGGCUGGGCUGGUUUUGUGCCAGCUCAGGCUGUGUUUGGGGGUCUCCCCCAUCUACUCUGAUGGCACCAGAUCAGCCCUGAGGACAGGAGUGUGCUGUGCCCCAGAAUCUGCUGCUGCUGCUCCUGCAGAGCCAGACCUGACCCCUCCAGAUCGUGGUCAUCAGUCACUGGGGGACUGGGCUGGAGGUCUGUCACUGCAGGAGGACACUGACCCAUCUGCUGUGCCCACACAGGCAGGGUGUGUUUGCUGCAUUCCUUUCAUGGCUUUAAUUACCGAGGGUUAAUUUCCAUCAGUGCAGAGGGAGCUGCUGGGCCAGCUCCAGUGCCCACGGGGCAGAAGGUGCCUGGAGCCAGGGUUUGGAUACCUCGUGCUCAGGAACUGGACCUGGGAGGUUUAUUUCACAUGGAACCAGCUCCACUUUCCCUCUGGGUUUGUUUUUUGGGUUUUUUAGAUUAAUGAAAUUGGAAUCAAAGGCGAUUCUCUUUCUCCAGGGUGGUCACUGGAGUCAGGAGUGAUCUGUUUUCUGUUCAGCUCCUUGCCAGGUGGAUACAGGGUGUGUGUAUUUCCCCAGGAGCUCUGCAGCAGGAACAUGCUGUCUGUGUGGGAGCUGCUCAUCCAUGAGGAAAAUCUGAGGAAUCUGCUCUGUGUGUCACUGGGCAGCUCAGCAGAGGGGGCUGUGCUGGGAGUGCUCAGCAGUUUGGGAAGGGGAGCAGCACCCAGGGGUGUUCUCUGUCUGCACCAAGUGGAGAGCCAAGGUGUGUUUGCACCUGUUCAAGGCAGCUGAGGCAGCUCCAGUUCCUCUGGGGUCCCUGUGAAGUGCCAGAGCUGUGCUGAGGAGCAGCUUCAUUGCUGCCAGGGCUGGGAAUGUCACCAGAGGAUCAGGACUCGGUCACAGAAGGGUCUGUGCUGAUGCUGAACAUCCCUCAGCCCAUCCAAAGGUCUCCUGUAAGCAGGCUGGGGAGCUGUCCCAGCCUGUGCAGCAGCCUGUUGGGAGCAUAUCUCAUACUCCAGCUGGCUGAAUUUGGGAUUAAAACCUGUGCCUUAACCUCCCACCACCAGCACAGCCGAGCAGCCCACGAGCUUUGCUGCCAAGGGAAGCAGAGCUGUGCUGGAGAGGGGCUGGGUUUGCCCAGGCACUGGCAGCAGGUGCUGCACCUGCAGGCCUGAGCUGCCUGGCAGCUGGCUGUGCUUUGUGUUUGUUUACUUCAAAUGUUUUAAGGAAAUUUUAAGAUGUUGCUAAAAUUUUAGCUGAGUGUGGAACUUGCAGCCACUGACAUUUCAUACUGGUAUUUAUAUGAUGUUUCCUUGAAUGUAUGUAAAGUACUUUUAUAACAGGAGGUUGAUGGUACAUUUCUGUUUGUUAAUAAAGGGGUGACCUGGCUAUUUUAUUUUUUCCUCUACUGGCUGAAUUUAAGCCUUUUCCUGUCUCUUUUGAGGCAAGAACAGCAUCUCUGUCCAAGCAUUGAUUUUUCUCCUGUCUCUGUCACCAGUUCAGCUACAGUCAGGUCGGGGGUAAUGGGAGAGCAAACCUGAACACCUGAAGGACAGUGAGCCUGCAGGCCCAGAGCACUGAGCUCACCUGGGUGCUGCUGGCUUCCCCUUCAGCUUCAACACAGCCACAGAGGCUUUAAAAACCACCUGAUCCACUCAUAUUUGUUGCCUCCAAGAGCCCCUGGGGAGAUGUCUGUGCUGGCCCUGGUGGGAAGCAGUAGGACCCUGGAGCCCACAGCACCUCUGCUGUGAGGGUGAGCUCAGGUGCUGCUGCCUGUGGGGCCUUUGCCUGUUCAUGGUCUGUGAUGGGAACUGUCCUGUGAACUGGAAAAAAUAAUAAAGUCUUUAUUUUCUAUA